GGCAUCACAUCGAGAACCUGGACCUCUUCUUCUCUCGCGUCUAUAACCUGCAUCAGAAGAAUGGCUUCACCUGCAUGCUCAUUGGAGAGAUCUUUGAGCUCAUGCAGUUCAUCUUUGUGGUGGCAUUUACCACCUUUCUUAUAAGCUGCGUUGAUUACGACAUCCUUUUUGCCAACAAAGCGGUAAAUCACAGCCAGCAUCCCACUGAGCCCAUUAAGGUGACUCUGCCAGAUGCCUUCCUGCCUCCAAAUGUCUGCAGUGCAAGAAUCCAGGCAAACAGCUUCCUCAUCUGCAUCCUGGUGAUAGCUGGGGUUUUCUGGAUCCACCGGCUCGUCAAAUUUAUCUACAACAUUUGCUGCUACUGGGAGAUUCACUCUUUCUACAUCAAUGCCCUCAAAAUCCCCAUGUCCACCCUGCCAUACUACACCUGGCAAGAGGUGCAGGCCCGCAUCGUGCAGAUCCAGAAGGAGCACCAGAUCUGCAUCCACAAGAAGGAGCUGACGGAGCUGGACAUCUACCACCGCAUCCUCCGCUUCAAGAACUACAUGGUGGCCAUGGUGAACAAGUCGUUGCUGCCCAUCCGCUUCCGCCUGCCCCUGCUGGGCGACACUGUCUUCUACACGCGUGGGCUCAAGUACAACUUUGAGCUCAUCUUCUUCUGGGGGCCUGGCUCCCUCUUUGAGAAUGAGUGGAGCCUGAAGGCUGAGUACAAGCGGGCUGGGAACCGCCUGGAGCUGGCUGAGAAGCUCAGCACUCGCAUCCUCUGGAUUGGCAUUGCUAACUUCCUCCUCUGCCCCCUCAUCCUCAUCUGGCAGAUCCUCUAUGCCUUCUUCAGCUACACGGAAAUCUUGAAGCGGGAGCCGGGCAGCCUGGGCGCCCGCUGCUGGUCUCUCUAUGGCCGCUGUUACCUCCGUCACUUCAACGAGCUGGACCACGAACUGCACUCGCGCCUCAGCAAGGGGUACAAGCCAGCUUCUAAGUACAUGAACUGCUUUAUCUCCCCGCUCCUCACCAUCGUGGCCAAGAAUGUGGCCUUCUUUGCUGGCUCCAUCCUGGCUGUGCUCAUCGCUCUCACCAUCUAUGAUGAGGACGUGCUGGCGGUCGAGCACGUCUUGACCACGGUCACCCUGCUUGGGGUGGGCAUCACGGUGUGCAGGUCUUUCAUCCCCGACCAGCACCUGGUAUUUUGCCCAGAGCAGCUGCUGCGAGUCAUCCUGGCACACAUCCACUACAUGCCUGACCACUGGCAGGGCAAUGCCCACCGCUAUGAAACUAGGGACGAGUUUGCACAGCUCUUCCAGUACAAAGCGGUCUUCAUCCUGGAGGAGCUCCUGAGUCCCAUCAUAACCCCCCUGAUCCUCAUCAUCUGCCUGCGGCCCAAGUCCUUGGACAUCGUUGACUUCUUUCGCAACUUCACCGUGGAGGUGGUGGGUGUGGGCGACACCUGCUCCUUUGCCCAGAUGGAUGUGCGCCAGCACGGCCACCCAGCGUGGAUGUCAGCGGGGAAGACGGAGGCCUCCAUUUACCAGCAGGCUGAAGAUGGCAAGACGGAGCUGUCCCUCAUGCACUUUGCCAUCACCAACCCUAAGUGGCAGCCGCCCCGCGAGAGCACGGCCUUCAUCGGUUUCCUAAAGGAGCGGGUGCACCGGGAGAGCAGCGUGGCGCUGGCCCAGCAGGCUGUGCUCCCCGAAAACGCCCUCUUCAGCUCCAUCCAGUCCCUGCAGUCGGAGUCGGAGCCCCACAGCCUGAUUACCAAUGUGAUAGCGGGCUCCUCAGCACUGGGCUUCCACAUGGGCCGGGAUGGACAGGCCUCCCGCCAUCUCUCUGAAGUGGCCUCAGCCCUGCGUUCCUUCUCCCCGCUCCAGUCUGCCCAGCAGCCUCCCAGUGGCUUCCAGACGGCGGGAAGGGAUGGAGAGGGAGCGCAGCCUCGGGGCGGCAGUGCCAUGACUGCCUCUGGUGCUGAUGCGAGGACCGUGAGCUCGGGGAGCAGCGCCUGGGAGGGUCAGCUACAGAGCAUGAUCCUGUCGGAGUACGCCUCCACCGAGAUGAGUCUCCACGCACUCUACAUGCAUGAGUUGCACAAGCAGCACGCCCAGCUGGAGCCCGAGCGGCAUACUUGGCACCGGCGGGAGAGCGACGAGAGUGGGGAGAGUGCCCACGAGGAGCUGGAUGCCCAGCGGUGUGGCUCCGUCCCCAUCCCACGCUCGGCCAGCUACCCCUUCGCCUCACCGAGGCAGCCUGCUGAGGAGAUGGCCACGCUGCAGACUGGCUUCCAGCGGCGAUACGGUGGCAUCACAGACCCGGGCACAGUACACAGAGCCCCAUCACACUUCUCCCGCCUCCCUCUAGGAGGCUGGGCUGAGGACGGGCAGGCGGCGAGACACCCAGAGCCCGUGCCAGAGGAGAGCUCGGAGGAUGAGCUUCCACCACAGAUCCACAAGGUAUAG